AUGAAAUUACUUUCGCUUUUAAGCACUUUCAGUGUGGCACUUUGUGCUACUGACUUGCAAGAGAAAUGGGGAAGUCUUUGGCAGUUUCAAGGAAUAGCUACAUUUGCACACUUGGACCACGUUCAAUGUCUUAUUGAUCGUGACCAGAUAUUUGAUGUUGGAAUUAUUGGUGUUCCAUUUGACACUGCAGUUUCGUACAGACCUGGUGCUAGAUUUGGCCCCAGGGCUAUUAGAGAUGCAUCACAACGUCAGUACAGUUUGCGUGGAUUCAACCAUAGAGCAAUGUUCAACCCCUACAAGUCUUGGGCUAGAGUUGUCGAUUGUGGAGAUGUUCCAGUAAGCCCAAUGGAUAACAGAUUGGCAUUUCAGCAAAUGGACGAAGCUUUUGAAGAAUUAUUGUGGGUUGGAGACUCAGUUGACGAUAACCAAGUUCCACCUAGAUUCAUAAUUUUGGGAGGCGACCAUUCUGUUUUGUUACCACAUAUUCGGGCCUUGAAUAAGGUCUAUGGCCCAGUAAACAUAUUGCAUUUUGACGCUCAUUUGGAUACUUGGAAACCAGAUAAAUAUCCAUCAUUUUGGCGCACUGAGGUCAGUGAUGUGAACCAUGGAUCAAUGUUGUGGAAAGCAUACGAAGAAGGGUUAACCACAAAGAACAAUGUGCAUGCGGGUAUUCGGACUAAACUAUCCAGUAUCGCUGAUUAUGAGGAUGAUGAUGCACAAAACUGGUUGAGAAUCGAGGCUGAUGAUAUUUGGUUAAAAGGGGCAGAUUAUGUCUCUCAACAAAUUUUGAAAAGAAUUCCAAAAAAUACACCAACUUAUAUUUCCGUUGAUAUAGACGUAUUGGAUCCAGGGUUUGCGUCAGGAACAGGCACAAUGGAAUCAGGUGGUUGGUUACCAAGGGAGUUGAUUCAUAUUUUACGUCAAAUUGAUAGCUUAACUGUUGUGGGUGCUGACGUUGUUGAGGUUGCACCUGCAUACGACUAUGCUGAAGUGACUGCCACAAACGGAGCACAGAUUGCUUUUGAGCUCUUGACCAGGGUCUAUUUUAACAAAGUUCAAAGUUCUACACAAAAUAUCAAAGCAAAAAUGCUCCGUCUUCAAUAUUUGCCAAUCGGUAGAAACAAAUUUAUAAACUCCUCAUCUUUGAAAAGAGUUUCAAGAAAUGUUUCAACAAAUGUCCACACUCAUACAGUGAAAACCCCAGUCGGGUUGGAUGCAGCAAUCCAGACCUUGAAACCAAAAACUACAAGAUUGUCCACCGAAGGACCCACUGAAUGUCCGCUUGAUGGGUUCUCAUUACUAAACUCGCCAUUUUUCAACAAGGGUUCUGCCUUCACUAAAGAAGAAAGGGAAGCCUUCAAAUUAGUCGGUCUUUUACCUACUCAAGUCAACACUUUGGAGGAGCAAGUUGAUAGGGCCUACGCGCAAUUCAAGAUUCGGGUCGAUGAUAUGGCCAAGAAUUCGUUUAUGGACUCCUUACGGUUGCAGAAUAAAGUAUUGUUUUUCGCCUUGGUUGAGAAACAUAUAAAGGAGAUGUUGCCUAUUAUCUAUACCCCAACAAUCGGUGAUGCAAUUGAAGAUUACUCUCAUAGGUUUAGGAAACCGGAAGGGUGCUUCUUGGAUAUCAAGUCCCCUGAAACAAUUGAGGAGAGAUUGGCACCAUUUGGAACCGAAAAGGAUAUUGACGUGGCGGUUAUCACCGACGGAUCAGCUAUCUUGGGGAUUGGAGAAUGGUCAAUUGCCGGAAUCCUAAUUACUAUUGGUAAAGGUAGUAUUAUCACUGCAGCUGGCGGUAUCGAUCCAACCAGAGUGUUGUGCAUAGGUAUAGACGCCGGUACCAACAACAAGAGCCAAUUAAAUGAUGAGUUGUAUAUGGGAAAUAAGUUUCCACGAGUUCAAGGAAAACAAUAUUAUGAUUUCUUGGACAAGGUUGUUAAAGCUUUUAAAAAGAGGUUUCCCUCGUCGGUAUUACAUUUUGAAGAUUUUGAAACAGCACCAGCUAGAACAUUAUUGAAUACUUAUCGUGACAAAUUACCCUGUUUCAAUGACGAUAUCCAAGGUACUGGAUGUGUUGUUGUUGCCGCUUUGAAAGCUGCACUCAAGGCAACCGACCGUAAAAUGGAUGAUAGCAAGAUUUUGAUUUAUGGUGCCGGAUCAGCUGGUAUGGGAAUUGCCACUCAAAUAGCUUCGAAUUUGAGAACUGAUGGCUUUAGUGAGGAGGAAAUACACUCUAAAUUGUAUCUAAUGGAUAGAUACGGAUUGAUUACUGAAUCGACUGAAGCUACGCCGGCACAACAGGUUUAUGCUAAACAGGACAAGGAUUGGCAAGAUGUCGACAAGGCCAAUUUGGUUGAAGUUGUCGAAAAAAUUAAACCCACUGUCUUGAUUGGCUGCUCAACACGUCCUAAAGCAUUCACUGAAGAAGUGGUCAAGACGAUGUACAAGUACAAUUCCGACCCCAUCAUAUUCCCUCUUUCUAACCCAACUAGACUCCAUGAAGCAGUGCCUGAAGACUUGAUGGAAUGGACUGACAACAAAGCAUUAAUUGCCACGGGAUCACCAUUUGCCCCGGUUAACGGAUACGCCAUUUCUGAAAACAACAAUUGCUUUGCUUUCCCCGGUAUAGUUCUCGGUUCAGUCUUGUCACGUAGUUCCAAGAUUAGUGACGAGAUGAUCUCGGCUGCUGUUGAACAAUUGAGUAUCUUGUCUCCCAAGAUCCGUGAUCCUCAAGGUGGGUUAUUGCCGGAUAUAACUAAGAUCAAUGAAGUUAGUGCCAAAGUCGCCACUGCUGUUGUUUUGGAAAGUUUGAAACAAGGGUUGGCUAGAGUUGAAAGUGAGCAUCGACCAAAUGGACAAUACGUCAAUGUUCCUAGAGAUUAUGAUGAUUGUUUGGAAUGGGUCAAGUCGCAAAUGUGGUUGCCAGUUUAUCGUCCAUACGUUAAAGUCGAACAUAUUCCCCAUGUUCACACCUAUCAGUAUUAG